CAUAGAGAGAGAUAAGUAGAAGAGUGAGAGAGAUAAAAAAUGGGUUUGAGCAACAAGGUGACAAUGAAGGUGGCUCUGGUGCUGUUCCUGAUGGUUUUUGCUGCGAAUGUGGAGGCUCGCUUCGACCCGAACACCUUGCUGGCUGAGGUGAUGAACGACGGCGGUCCCGCCUAUUUGGCGGAGUCGACGACAAGCGCGUGCUGCGACAGAUGCGCGUGCACGAGGUCAAUCCCGCCAAAAUGCAGGUGCGAGGAUGUGAAGAACACUUGCCACUCGGCCUGCAAGCUCUGUCUCUGCACGCGCUCUUACCCUCCCAAAUGUCACUGCGCUGAUACCACCAACUUCUGCUAUGAUAAAUGUCCCUCUGCUUCUGCUAACCCUCAAAUCGCAGAUUGAUACAAUCUUACUCAUGUGUUGUUCUACUGUUAUGUGACCCAAGCAUGUUACUUCAUGGCUUUGUUUCAAUGUGUUGACGUGAAGUAGGUGAAAUCUAAUAUGGAAUAAAUAUCUAGUGCCUUG